UAUUCAACCGUGGGCACUGGGCCUUUGUCGGUUAUCUUGAUGAAAGGUCAGUGUCUGCGGAUGCUUCCUGCUCCACUAGCUGGCUGUGAGAAAGCUCUCAUUUGGUCUUGGGAUGGAUCUUCGGUUGGUGGUUUAGGAAACAAGUUUGAAGGUAACUUGGUCAAGGGAGGUAUUCUGUUGCACUGUUUAAAUUGCCUUCUCAAGUGCUCAGCUGUUCUCGUUCAGCCUCUCAGCAAGCAUGAUCUUGAUCGCUCUGGAAGAAUUGUUACUUUAGAUAUACCAUUACCCCUGAAGAACGCUGAUGGUUCCAUUCCUCAUUUCGGCGAUGAGCUUGGACUUCCCCUUGAGGAAAAUACUAAGUUGAACUCUCUCUUAACUAAGCUGGCAAACAACAUGGAGUUGAAGACAGUCGGUUACAUUCGGCUUUUGAAACUCUUUAAAGCUAAGGAUUCGUCGGGUUCCUUUUCUCCAGAUAAUGAUGAGAAGUAUGAAUGGGUCCCUUUAACCGUGGAGUUUGGGUUUCCACUUUUCAGUCCAAAGUUAUGCAACAAUAUCUGUAAAAGAAUCGUGUCAUCACA